AGACGUAGAACAAUGCUUAACGUAUUCGCUAUGCGCGCAGAUCUACGUCUCAGUCUACAUCAGGUAGUCGAAACGCUCUGUUAAUUUGCCCACAACUCAUAUAGUAUCCACACGUACACAGCAUAACAAAACUCUUGAAGCUAUACUCGUACAGAAUAAAACAAGGGUAAAAAUGAAUGUGAGUACUUCAGAGUUAGCCUCUAAAUACGAUUCGAUCAGCUCUGUGUAUUUGCAGAACAAGUUCCCGGACGAAGCUUUCAAAUUGGUCGAUUUCGAGAUCACCGAUGACGUACUCGAUGUCGGCUGCGGCCCUGGGAAGCAGUGCAAGUAUUUAUCUCCACUCGUCAACUCUGUUAUUGGAUUUGACAUCUCGCCUGGAAUGAUAGAGUUUGCUAGGCGGGAAAACUCGGCGCCAAAUAUUCAAUACUUCGAAGAUGACGCGCAGACUUUCGGUGAUCACCAUGGCGAUUGGAGCGAAAAGUUCAACAAAAUUAUCUGUUUUGCAGUACUGCACUGGUGCAAGGAUGAGGAGGGAACACUCAAGAAUAUCUACCACUGUCUCAAGCCGGGUGGAACAUUCAUCCUCGGCUUCCCAUUUAAAUUCCAACUCCAUGGCAAAACGAGUUGCUACGGUGAAACAGGCGAUAUGUGGAUUCGAAAUCAUCCGCGAUGGGGUUCAUUUCUUAAGGACUACGACACUCAUGUUUUCCCUAGGGAAGAUAGUGAAAUGUUUCUUGAAUGUAUGAGAUCAGUAGGUUUCAUCAUACAAAAAGUUCAGAUUUACCCCGGACGAUGGGUGCAAUGGAAUGAGCAAUGGAUAAAGGCUCAACUGCGAUGCCUCUUCGACCCCGUCACUCAGAUUCCCGUCCAACACCGAGACGAAUUUAUCGAUGACGUAUACAAAUGGCUGUAUGACGUCACUCCCAAGCGACCUAAUGGUGUUCUGCAAGGUGAACUUGGACGCUUUGAGUACAUAAUCAUCUUGGCCACAAGAGAAUAAAAGU